AUGAGCCAAAUGCUUCGCAAGAAAGAGGCCUUCACCCUCGUCACGCCCAUCCCGGGCUUCAUCCCGCGACAACUCGCCAUUGAUAUCCUCCACUCCCAUGGCGAAGUCCUCACUCUCAACCCGCUUGUCCUCGGCUUCAAGCCCAUCUCUGCGCCUCGCAAUGCCUCCGCCGACGAGUUUUACAGCACCUGGUAUGAGAUUGAGGAGCGCAUCCAGGUCAUCCCCGGCGUGGGCAAGCUCGGCGGGAGCAGGAUCAAGUUCAAUGGCUGCUUCCACGACAUGCCCUGGGGCCUGCAGACGCACAUCUAUGCGCCUUUGAAUAUCGAUUUGCGCAACAAGUACCGCAUCUGCGGCAACCAGCCUGGAUUCGAGCCGCCCGAGGUUCGCGAGAUUGGCCUCGAAGCGCUCGGGGCCCCGGCCGACGGCUUGUAUCUCCGCGAAGAUAUCGAGAUCAAGACCAACAUCGCCAUGGUCAGCUUUGUCAAGGCCCAGCUCAAGGCUUCCAACAAGGAAAUGGUCCAGCGCAUCAUUAAAAAGGCCGAGCUGCUCGAUGCUGGUGUUCUGCAGGCCAUGAUGGAGGAUGGCAAGCUCAAGACCGUCAACCCCAACGACCGCUCCACCACGCCCGCCGUCGCCGCGUCCGCAGACCCCAGACGACAGUCUUCUGUUUCCUAUGGAAUGGGCCAAAAAAGCCCUCAAUUGGCACACCAGGGCCAUAUGCCACCCAGCUAUUCUCCAGUUUAUCCCCAUUAUGCCUACCCUGCCACUGCUCAGACGCCGCAGCCGUACGACCCUCGACAAUCAACAUACCAACAAACGCCCCAGCAUGGUAUGUACGCGCCACCGCCGAUCCCCCCGAAGGAGCAGAUGGUUAUCAUGGAACUGCCCGGUGACUACCCCCCGCAUGCUGGAGGUCUAUAUCCCUCUCCGCAGCCCAGCCCAGGAUAUCGCCCAGCCUCGUCAUCGUCAUCCGAUCCUCGCUGGUCUGGUCAGCCGAGUCCGAACUUCAACCAGCAAAGAGCGAGCACCGGCUCUACGAGCAGCGCGGGCCAACAUCCCGGUUUUGUGUCAGAGCUGGCAACGCACAAUGAAAAAUCAGAAUAUUAGAGGCACGCCCAGUGAUUAAUGUUUGAAGUUUUUGAUGAAGACGGCAUGCAAGGAACAAGCCACUAAUUAUGAAAGAUGUGAAAAGUCGCAUGGACAUGGAGAAGGAUAAAAGAAAGACCUGAUAAUGCUUAAGAUGGGAGAGUUUGGGCGCAACCUGCCGGUAUACACAUUGGCGUAAUCUUUCAAUCUCCUUUGUAUCAUUUACUUUUUUUUCUUGUGUAUACAUAUACCCUGAGCGGUAUUUUCUUUUCGAUUGCAUUGAUUAGGGGGGAAUCUUGGAAAGAUAGUUACGGAUCUAGGAAUACCACUUUGCGCUUUUUAUUUGGAU